UAUGUAGACUCUUUGGUAUUGCUAGGUAUCGACAUCGAUACCUAAAUUGUAGUAUCGGCCCAUAGACUCCAAACGUCACAUUUUGAACUUUGCCUUGUAGCCUAGAUCAUCUAAGCCAGGAAUCAACAAGGAAGCCUUCAACUUCAAUGAAAAGAAUAACUUUUGCCUAUUCGUAUUGCGGUUGCGCCAUAACCGAACUGGAAGGACAAACUGGUUUAGUUAUUCUCAUCCUGGGUGGGUUAAUAUGGGAAUAAGAACAGGGAUCGUUCAUUGGAUAACCUCCGGAAGUAGGACAAACCUAGGCCUAGCCCCUAUCAUGUAAACAUCAGGUCAUUCGUUGGCAACAAAAUGUGUGUAUCCGAAUUAAAACACAUGUGAUUUUUCUUCAUACAUCAUGGUUAUCAGUGACUGAAAUUUAAUCAUAACCACAGCUUUUUUUUUUUUAGUUUGCUGUUUUGCAGCCUUCUCUUGUCCUUGAAAUGGCUCCGGAAUAUCGGUGGACAAUCACAGUCGUUCUGUUCCUUGCUUCACUCGUCGGAGGAUUCCAUCAACAGGAUUCUCUACGAGCAAAUGUAGGAAAAUCAAAUUCUGCUAGCCUGGACAGGUCGACUUCAGUUUCCAAAGAUGUUAAGGAUGCUGGAAGGGUCAAUCUGCACGCAGAUGAAAGGAAGUUUGAUCACUGUUAUGCUAAGGUUCAAAAUAAUGAAGAAGUCUGCUCCCCUAUGUCACUCUCGUCAAAUUCUGAGAGGCUGAAGGAGAAGUCUCAAAAAGAAGGCGCGAAGACUGAAGAAGUGCCACAAGCUCAAAGCGGUCAGGAAAAACCUGGAAAUUUCAGAGAUUGUGAUGAUGAUGUCUCUGGAAACUUGUUCCAACGCAGUGUGGAAGGUUUAGUGGACCAAGUACAAAGGUCUAAGAUGAAGGUCAUUGAGAGUCUUGAGGAUGUCAUGGAUCAGGUCGCUCAAUCCAGAGACAGAGUGAUGGAUAGUCUCGACAAGGUCAUGGAUAGAGUGUCUGAAUCCAUGUCUGAGUCAAGGGUCAAGGUUAUAGAGAGCUUUGACUCCGUCAUGGAUAAAGUGUCGGAGUCCAAGGAGAAGGUACUGCGAGGUCUGGAUGAAGUCAUUGACAAGGUGGCUCAUUCCAAGAUGAUGGAAGAGCUGGACCAUGUCAUUGACCAAGUUGCUCACUCAAAAGUUAUGGAGGAGAUCAGAGCCCUCCCUGAGGAGAUUCGACAGUCGUUUGUGCUGAGCGUGCGGAAUCGUAGCUAUGUGGCUGCUGGCGUCAUGGUUGCCAUUACCACAGCCAUUCUUGUGGCCGGUGCAGUAUACUACUCCUGGUGCCACCAAGACGCUUGGGCCUACUACGUCCCACCUCUUAAUGAAUCUGAAGAUCCACUGAAAAGAGAGAGCCCAGAAGUCCCAUCCUCUGCCCCAUUGAUAAAUGGAAUUCAACAAGGAUCGAAUGGUACUUUUAGGGAAGGAAGUCUUCAAGGCACAGUGAACGCCCAGCCUGAGGCUAGAAAUGGAAAAGUUAUAGAGGACGGUGACUCCUGUCGUGGUUCUCCAAUUAUUGAAAAUGGAGAUGUCAGUAAGGAUGUUCUUGAAAAUGGGGAUGUUAGUGAGGAUGUUCUUGAGAAUGGGAAUGUGUGUAAGGAUGUUCUUGAAAAUGGGAUUGUCGGUAAAGUUGUUCUUGAAAAUAGGAAUGCCAGUAAAGUUUUAAAGAAUGAUAGUGAUGUGCCUGUAGAAACAUAAAAGCAGAAUGCUAUUAAAAGAGUGAAGAUGAUAAAAGAAAAAAAAGGAGUUGCUUCCCAAAGAAUCUUUUGAUCUGCUCUCAGAAAAGAAUAGUUCUUUACAUGCAAACUCUGCUUCGCAUGACAAUUCUAGCGAUGUUAUAUUCUCAGAGGGCAUUGCUGUAGCAGUGACAGUGUUGGAGCAAAAAUUAUCAAAAGUUGUGGUGGGGAAAGAAAAAGUCUUUCAGCUGAGUUGGAUGUGAAUAGAAGGGAGGAUACUGUGACCUGUUGUGCUAUGUGGACUUAAAACAUAUUUGAUAGCAGGUUUAAGAAGUGCUGUGGGGAAUUGGGUGCUCAUCUCAAAGAGCAAACAUGUGAUAAAGAUAAGCCUGCCGAGUACUCCGAAGAAAAUCAGAGGGCUCUGGGGGGGUUUUAGUUGUUGUUUUUUUGUCUAUGGAAGAACUCGGGUCGGAUUUGCAUAAAAUCCAAUUUUUUUAAAAAAAUUAUCUUCAUGACUUAUGGUAAGUGACAUGAAAAUACACAUUUUUAUGUGCAUUUAUUUGAGUGUAUUUGCAAUUCACAAUUGUUUUGUCAUGAUUGCUUCAUAACAGAAUCUGAAUCCACUAGGGUUUCGGAGGAUUUUUUUCCCUGAAAUUUUGAUUUUUUUUUAAAGGGGGGUGGGGGAGAGAUUCUGAAUCCUCACAUCACUGUAUUUAUACUGCAGUUUAUAUGAUAGUCUCUGAAAAAUGAAAUCAUUGUUUGUGACUUGUUUCACUGUCAGCCAGAAACAGUGAUAAUUAGGAAAAUAUUUCUUGAAUGAAGCCUUCGUCUCUGCCUUUCUUAAUCACAAAACCUUUCCAUCUGGUUCUAAUCAUCGUGUCCAUAUAGUUGUUUUUAUAUUCACGAGGUCACUGCAUCUUGUAAAUUACAAAAUAGUUACAAUCUUCGUUAAAUUUAGAGAAUUAUUUUUAACAGGAUGUCAUGGUUAGUAAUGGAUUAUUUCUUUUGAAAGUUGUAUAAAUAGUUGCUUUAAAAACUUGUUUACAAAACAAUUGUCAAAUGGUAUUUAAUAAUAUAGCACAGCCCAAAGGUUUUUUCUAUGCAAGGAAACAAGUAAAGUAUUAUGUAUAGUUUUUACUUAAGUUAACGAGUCUGUGUGAUCAAACAUGUGAGUUGUUGUAUGGCAACACAUCAAAAUGAGACACAAUUCCAGAGUUACAAAAUGUGUGGCAUAGUGGUGAAAUCAGGUGCUCAUCAAAAUAAUGAACUCAAAGAGACCAAUAAUUUUCCGCCCAUUGGGCAAUUUUUAUCAAAUUUGUUUUUUCUCAUCACCUUUUAGAAACAGAUUUCUUUGAAGAUUUUACUGAGAAACGUAGAUCAAAGGCAUUUUUAAAAAAAUGGAAAUUUGCAGUUUCCCAGAACUCUCAAGCUUUCGAAGUUUCCAAACUUAAGUGGCGAUUUUCUUGCUAAUUUUACCACUGAUUCAGACAACCCCCACCUCCAUUAAUCACAAAUUUCUCAACUUCUAGUCAAGAUAGGUGGGAAUUUUAUUUAUUAAAAGCACAACAAACAAACAAGCUUUUAGAUUAUACCAAAAAGCGUAUGCCCAAGUGCCUGAUUCCACCGUGUCAUGCCACAAAUUAUUAUCUUUUUUUCCCAUAGGAAGGAGCUUUAAUUAAGGAGGGGAAAUUGUAUAUUCCUUCAACACUUCGUGACUGUAUGACCGAAAAAAUUUUGAGUAAAUGAAAACUAGGGUAGACCUGCUUUCACAGAGCACUUUGCAUUCUUUGUAGAAGGGUUCUAACUAUAGGAGAUUUUAUAUUUUUGUGCGUGUAAAUGAUUUCUUUUCAACCGCAGUCCAUAACCAAAUAGGAAGCCAUGUAGCGUCAACUUUAUCAUUAUGCUUUUACCUUUGGUAUCACCCCAAUAAUAUCUGUUUCAUUUUGAGAUGCCACCUGUCCUUUUUUCACUCUGACAGCUGGGGUAAAACCACAACAGCUCUUUUAGUUGUCCUUAUGUCCUUUUUUACUUAAUUCUCCUGUGUCUCUUUUAAACUUGUAUGACCAAGACUUCCAGGGAUAUCUCAUACUUACUGCAGUUUACAAAUAUUCUAGUGUGUGCUGCUCCCUUAACUCUGUUACUAAGUUAUGUAUGUCCUUAUCUGUUCCUAGUAAAAUGUAGUGAUAUGUGUUUUAAUGGUGUCACACUCAAAAGACAUGAGUUUGAAUCCUGCUUGGGGAAGAUAUUUUGUCAAAUAGUUUUUGUCUUCCUGCUGGACUGUAGUAUCUCUCUCAUCCAAGGUUGGCCCACCUCUUAGAGUAUCUAAAUUGCAUCAAUAGAAGCAUUAACCAUUCCCAAUCUGUCAGUCCAGUAAAAUGUUGCCACCUUUUUGAAGUUUUUGGCUCGCUGUAACAUGCUUUUUGACUCGUGAAAGUUAUAGUGAAUCAUUUCAGCCUUGUAAAGAAGUUAAAACUAUUUCAAACUUGACUAUUUAUUAUUAGGUAUAGCAGGUGGUGUAUGACUAGUAUGAGUUCCAACAGAAUUGUCAGGGUGAAUGCAUUCAUUCUUGUCCUGAGAGGGGGCAACUAAAGAUUUUGGCCCACUGCUUGAAACAUUCUGUAGGGGAAAAUGUUCUUAAUCUUAAUGAAAAUUCUCACAGAUUUACUGAGUGGACUUUUUCUCAAAGCAUGAUUUUGAUAAGAAUUUUUUCCAGGUGGUGUUUUCUGUGUUUACAUUUUUGAUUAAUAUUGAGAAUCAGAUGGUCGAAUGUCUUUGCUGUUCAUAAAAUUAAGAGUUGUUUUUUGUGCAGGAAUAUGCGGCUCUGUUUCAUUCAUCAGAAUUGGAAUAUUUCUUGUGAGAGGGGGAAAAAAAAUCAGGUGAUAUUUAUUUCUCGUCAGAGGAGGGAAAAAUGUGUAGUGACUUUUAUUUCUGGUAAGAGAGGGGAAAAAACAUAAUGAUCUUUAGUGCAAUGUAUUUUAGCGUAUUCUUAAGCCUACAGCAGUUCUUCAAAUGUGCAUUUUUGUUAAGGGUAUAUUAUCAUAUAGCCACUCUUACCAUACUGGUUUAUGUGCAUGGAGUUUCAUCUGAGGAUUAUCCCAUGAGGACAAAAUAGAAAAGGGUAUUUUUGGCUGUUUUAAAGUGUUUUUCGUUUUAACUGCAUCUUUGAAAUACUUUGACCAUUGUGCCUUUUGUGAUAUUAGAUCAGAAAAAGGUUAAUGAUUAACAUCAGUAAGUGCAAUGCCUUCUUAUGUUUGAUAAAGUUACAUCUGAAUGUUAGUGUGAGUCGUGAGUAGUGUUGUAUCAAGAAUAAUCUUCAACUUGGCGAAAUUGUAAUCGAGCUGGAUGUCGCACAACUUGUUUGAAGCGUGCCUGCUGAGAACAGAAGGAAAUAAAAAUAAUAAGAUGUGUGGACUGUGAUAUUUUCAAGGUGGAUGAGGCAAUGUGCGAUUCAAAGGGAUGAUUUUCUUAGAAGUUUAGUUAAGGAGGAAGCUGUACAGAUGAUUUUCGUCACAUUUCGACUAAGUCUUAAGUAAGUUUCUUUUUUUAAGCUGUGCUUGUCAUUUGGACUGAGUCUGUCUUCACAACAGAAUAAGUGGUUCACUGAAGUUUAAGUAUGCUAAUUACACAGAGCUUUAAUAGAACAAGGACAGGUGUGGUCUGUGUUCCUUUUAGCGCUUUGGUGAAAGGGCUUUUUAUUUUAUGCAAUGCUACUGAUGUAUAACAUCUGUGCCACCAUGUCCCUGACUUAAUCAUGAAAGCUUGUUGAAACUGUAGAAGUAAAAUGUAUUUGAAUACUAUGUAUUAUUACAUUAGGUUAAGUGCGUCAUUGUAGAAUAUUCUACUUGUUAUGAUUUGGGCUGUUUUGAAUAAGCUGACACAGCUGACCGAGAAUACCAUCCAUGCCUCUGUUUACACAUUAUUAAAGCUUUUUGCUUGCCAAGAGUCUAAACAUUCCUGCAAUACCAAAAAAAGAUGUAUUGCUAGUCGAGCUUUUUGCUUUUGGUCAACAAAUACUGCCAUUCUGGUUUCUCUUUUUAAAAUCUCUUUCUAUACAUUUUUGUGUGCAGUGGUUUGAUGCGAUUAGAUAAGAGCUAUUAAUAUACAGCUGUUUAGUAAAACAAUGUUUUUAAUUGUUUGAAACAAUUAAUAAUUGUGAUAGACAUGGCUUGACAUUUUAUACAAAUUUAAGUAAUAAGCAGUACAAAUGUAUACUGGUUUGUCAUUAAAGCGAAGUAAACUUGGAAAAUUGAAAGAACUGAAAUGUCUGAACUUUAGAUUAUUGAUUCACUCCUGUGAUUUGAACGUGGAAGCCACAACUUUAUUAAAUAGAAUAAACUGCUUUGUACAAAGAUUUAGAUUAGUUUUACUGUUUGAUGAAGAAGUUUAUUUUUAAAUGUUUACUUGCAUUGUGUUGGGUUUUCUCUCGCAUUUUGUUCGUUUGAUUUGUUUAUUAUUUGUUUCUAUUCUGAGAAGAAUUGUUUGACUUUACUGUAGAAAGAGAAUACAAAAAAUGCUUUGUCUAUGAAGGUGGUGUUGCGUCAUGGAUAGUACCUGGUCUGUCACUUACUGAUGGGAUUGUUAUUUAAAUUUGGGAAUGGAGGAACAGAUUACAGAGUAACAGAAAUAAAAAGAAAAUCAUUAUAAAAAAGGAUACAAAUUUUGAGCAGAAUGCUAAUGCUGUCUACAAGUAUGUAAUAUUAUUCCUUAUCUCUGUGAUAGAUUUUUUACCUUUCCACAUAAUUAUGAGUUUGAAUCAAAUUAAUUUAAAUUCACUUUCUAUGCCUGUCAUAUAAAGUUGGGGGAUUG